UUGAACUCGCAAGCUGCAUCUGCUGAAAGAUCUCCUGGUCCGGUCAGAGCCCAGGUUUUGGGUACAACUACGAUGUUUGGACAAAGAAGAAGAACUCAAGGAAACAAUCAAGCUACUCCGAAUGACAUAGAAAACCAGAACUCUUCAUUAGAAGAUUCCAGGGGACAGGAGCUAUAUCAGGUGUCUCGUGUGUCUCCUUUGCGUUGCAUCUACAGAGCUCCUCAACGACUACGACAUGCACGUGAAGAGGCUUACACACCCAAGUUAGUCUCUAUUGGCCCACUCCAUCACGGCAAAGAAGACUUAUUGCCCAUGGAAGAACACAAAAAGAGGUACCUCCAAGAUUUUUUAGGUCGGAGCAGGUUAAGCUUGAACAAUUAUAUACUAAAAAUAAAGGCCCAAGAAGAAAGAUUGCGCAGUUGUUACAUGGAGACAAUUAAGUUUGGAAGUGAUGACCUGGCGAGAAUCAUUUUAGUGGAUGCCGCAUUCAUCAUUGAAGUCUUACUAAGGUGCUAUCACAAGGAUUUGAUAGAUGAAAAUGACUGCGUAUUUGGUAAACCAAUCUUGAUUUGUGAUAUAUGGCCUGACCUUUUGUUGCUUGAAAAUCAAUUGCCAUUCUUCAUUCUCGAGGAGCUUAGCCUCUACUUGGAGCUCAUUGAGAACUGUAAGAGGACUUCAAUGGUUUUUCUUUCUCACAACUUCUUUAAUGACUGUUUCGUAAUGCCUAUAGAAGGAACGAAGGAAGAAAAUGAGGAGAAAAUACGUUCUCAUCAAGUAGAAGUAAAGCAUCUUCUUGAUCUUUUGAGAACGUUAUUAAUACUACCAAUAGUGUUGAAAUCACAAGAUGGACAGCAUCUAGGUACUUUUGGAACUUCAUCUACCGUGACAGAGCUACAACAAGCAGGAAUUAGUUUUAAAGUGGGAGCCGGCAGAGGCUUACUGGCCAUACAAUUCACUGAUGGGAUUUUGGAAGUUCCAAAAUUAACCUUGUUGUAUCAAACAGAGGUUACUAUAAGAAAUAUCACUGCCUUUGAACAAUGCGAAUUUCCUUCGGACGUACAGUACGUGUGUCAUUAUGUUGCCAUCCUCGAUUGUUUAGUGAAUACUGCAAUGGAUGUGGAGUUACUUGUUCACUAUGGUAUUGUUGAAAAUAAUAUAGGUGACAGCAAAAACGUUUCUCGUUUGAUUAACAGCCUUGGAAGUGGGCUUAUGGUAGACGCUGAUUACUUUUAUUAUUCUACCGUUUGUCAAAACCUGAACGACCACUGCAGCUCGAGGUGGAACAAAACGAUGGCAAAUUUGAGACAAAAUUAUUUCAACACACCUUGGACAACCCUAUCUGUCGUUGCAGCUGGUAUUCUCCUUGUACUCACUUUCAUUCAAACGGUGUCAUCUGUCAUCUCUAUUGCUUAAGCAUCACCUCUAAACCCUAAGCCUUAGAUUGAGGUGACUGAUCACCACUGGAGUUUAAAAUAAAUGAAGAAGCUCGAUCAGAUUUCCUUGAGAGUGAAUGUAAUUUAUAUGUACAGGUGUGCAUGUUGGGUCAAAUCAAGUUUGGUUGAGUGAUUGAAACAAAGUGCUUGUUAAAAAUAAUUACUUUCAAUAAGUGUGGUCAUGAGAUUCAUAUAUGCAUUGUUGUAGUUGAUUUGUAACUUAAAUUGGUUUGUCAAUAUUAGAGCUGCUUUGUUAUUGGAGAAGGAUUGUCUUCUUUCCAUUAUCUAAUGAUUCAUAGCUUGUAUUU